UACCCUCUGUUUUCAACACCUCGCUCUCUCUGGUCAUCUCUCUCUCUCUCUCUCUCUCUCUCUCUCUUCCUCUUCUCCCCGUGAAAAGCAGACCAUAGCUUUAGCCAAUUUGGGUAUUACCCCAAAAGCCUCGAAAUUAGCCUUUCGAAUCCAUCAGUCUCUCUCUCUCUCUCUCUCUCUCUCUCCCUUCACAAUUCCUUCUAAUUAGCCUUUUGAAAUUAGCUCGCCAUUGCCAUGGCCAUUUUCAUCAACAAAGCCAGAACUACAAUGACAUGAAGAAAAGUCGAACUGGGUCUCUCUCUUCAUCUUGCGUUUCAUCUCUCUCUCUCUCUCUCUCUGUGUCUCUCACCCCAAUUCGUCAGUUUGAUUGCUGAUGCGAGAGAGAUUGAAGAUCAAAAUUUCUGCUAAAUUUGGAGGACAAUGAGAGGAGGAGAUAGAGGGUGGGGAACAGUGCCACCGAGUGUAGCUCCGGUGAGUAGUAGUGUAGUAGAUAGAGAAGACCAUUGGAGCCAUUUCGACAACUCUGUCGAUGCGGUGUCGUUUGGGUUCGUUGCCACUGCCAUUCUCAUUUCAAUGUUCCUCGUUAUGGCCAUCUUCGAGAGGUUCCUCCGCCCCCGAUCCGCCGCUGCCGGCGGCCGGAAUCCUGCCGAUCUCGAGGCCCAGAUUAUGGCUGGCGGAAAGCUCAAUUACCCUUCUCCCAAGAUAACCACUUAUGCCAGAGGGGUGUCGGUGUUGAUGCCUGGAGAAGACAUUCCGACUUUCAUUGCACACCCUGCUCCUGCACCGUGUCCUCCAGAGGGCAUCUUGCGGCCCAUCUAUCAACAUGACGCACUUUCCAAACCGUCCUCAAGCUUGGACACGAGCUGAAAAAGCUCACUGACUAGAAAAGAAAAGAAAAGAAAAGAGGCACUGCUCAAUUCACAGCAUUGAACAACACUUUCAGAGAAUUUGAAAUUUGUGAGCUUAGAUCGAUCUCUGCAGCCGACACCCAAAUUGCCGACACCCAAAUUGCCGGAGAAGGUCAAUUUUAAUAGAUAUAUGCUCUCCUCAUUUUAUGUGAAUAUAUAGAAAAUUCGCAAACCUUGCCUUUCAUAUGUUCAUAGCAUGCCCUUCCACUAACCUGACAUGAAUUGGGUCAUAUAAUUGGUGAUGAAAUGCAUCGGUGAUCUUUCCUUUCUGAGUAUUUGGCGUGGAUGAAUUUUGAAAAUAUGGAACUAUUUGUGUAAUUUUAAAGAAAGUUCAACUAUUUAAACAUGGUUUGUUCGUA